UGAGAAAAGCCCUUAGGAUCUUUCCAGAGACUAAGUCCCAGUUGUAAAAGACUUGAGUAGUGCAGCGGAAGUUGAACAAGCACUCGGGUGAGACCGCUUUUCUAGGACUAGCUUUCAGCUGUUGCCACGCAAACUAGGGUUGCAGUGGAAGAAACAGCGAAGCGGCUAGCGAGUCCAUGGCGACAGCAUCGGGUGGGCGAGGAGUGUGGGAGCCUGGCGUGGUCGGGGAGAUGCCUUGCUCCUUCGCUCUCAACGUCUUUCCCGAAGGGUUCUCUAUCGACGUUCCUACGCAGGACGGCCGGCCUCCUCCCCGCUUGCCUGAAGCGCUUGUUGCAAAGCUCUACCCGUACGACCGCUCCACCGAGUCUUUCCUUCAGGCCAUCGACACCGGCCAUCUGCCGGGGGACCUGCUGCACGACAUCCCCUGCAUCUAUCGCAACGGCUGUGUGGCGUGCGAGGUGCGUGACUACCGCGAGCUGGCCACGUGUCUGGGCGACAGCAUGGCGAAGAUCCCCCCUGGGUGCUCAGCAGCGGCGGCAGUGGAGGCAGCGGGCCCCCAGGCGGGCGGGGGGCCGGUGAGGACGUGCCGCGUGAUCCUGAGGCCCACGUCCGAGAGCAUCGCCAAGGACGUGGCCGCCAUGGCUGACGCCUCCUGGUCCUACCAGGACAUGCUGGAGGUGGAGGCGCGCAUUCUGAGGGCGGUGCAGCCACCGCUGUGUCUGGACCCGAGCCCCCGCGUGGCGGAGGUGGCACGGCAGCACCACUUCCACAAGACCAAGCUCAACGCCGUGCCACCCACCUCGCUGCACCGCGGGCUGCUCAAGUACCGCCGCCUCGGCCACUUCCACGCCUGGGACCCGCUCGCCCAGUACCGCCGUGCCGUGGCUGGGGAUGCCGUGGAGGAGGAGGAGGACGAGGAGGAGGAGGAGAAAGAGGACGAGAAGGGUGCUGUGAAACGAAAAUUGCAAGGACCAAGUAAGCUGAAGAAGGGCAAGAAGCAAGGUAAGAAGGUGCCCGGGCAAACGAGCAAGCUGCCCCAAGAUCAGAGCCAGACGACGAAGAAGAAGAAGAAUAAGAAGAAGAAAGCGCAGCAGAAGCAGAUGGGAAUGAGGUUAGAGAAGAUGGAUGGGGAUGGGAGGAAGAAGGUGGUGAAGGCAAAGAGCAAGGCGGCAGGCAAGAAGAAGACGACGCUCAAGAAGAAAACGAUGCAGCAGCAGCAGCAGCAGCAGCAAGUGCAGACAGGCGCAGCAGAGGCACCACUGAACCAGCAGCAGCAGCAGCAGCAGCAGCUGUCUGAAAUGACCAUUGACGGUCUGCUGGGGUACGGGCUGUCUGGAGUGCAGCAGGGGGAGGGCGCCGUUUCCCCCCCCGGCCUCACUCCAGCACUGGCUACAGCCGUGUCAGCUGCUGCUGCUGCUGCUGCGGCAUCCAGAGGACUGCCUGGGGCCAUGCCAGCGCCUGCCACAGGCCCUCCCGACGCCUUUGCCGCCACACAGGGCGCAGCAGCGCCGCCAGAGGCUGCCUCUGCUCGUGCUUCUGGGCUUUCAGCCAGCGGUGGCAGUGCUGCUGCUGCUGUAGUCGCAAGUGCUGUAGCGGCGGCGGCUGCUGCUGCUGCUGCAGCAGGCGGGGGGAAGGUGGAGAUGGGGGCAGACGAGUUCCUGCUCAUGAGCGCAGGCCUGCUUGACGGGGCUUUCGGGGGGACAGCUGUAGCGGGGGCGGCUACAGCAGGGGCAGCUGCGGCAGCAGCCGGCACAGCAGGGCUGGGUGUUGCAGCAGGGGGAGGGCUGGUGGGUGAGCAGGAGCUGGGCGGGGGUGAGGAAGGGGGAGUGGAUGAGGGGGUGGAUGGGGGGUUGGAUGGGGGUUUGGAUGGGGGGUUGGAGGAGAGUCUCGAUGGUGGCCUGGAUGGUGGGUGGGAGGACAAGAACGAGUCCCUGGAUGAGUUUGGCGGCAAGGACGCUGGGCUGUCGCACGCCAUGCCCGUGCCUGUGCUGCGGAAGCAGCGGCUGUCGCUGUUUCAGCAGCAGCAGGUGGAGCUGCAACGGAGGAGGCAGCAGCAGCUGCUGCAGCAGAAGCAGCAGGAGGAGGAGCAGCAACAGGAGCAGCUGCUGCAGCAGCAGAAGCAGCAGCAGGAGCAGCAGCUGGAGCAGCAGAAGCAGGAGCAACUGCAGCAGCAGCAGCUACAACAGCUACAGCUACAGCAACAGCAACAGCAACAGCAACAGCAACAGCAACAGCAACAGCAGCAGCAGCAGCAGCAGCAGCAGCAGCAACAACAGCAGCAGCAGCAGCAGCAGCAGCAACAGUGGCAACAGCAACAGCAACAGCAGCUGCAGCAACGAAAGCAGCAGCAGCAGCAGCAGCAGCAACAGUUGCAACAACAGCAGUUGCAGCAGCAGCAAAGGCAAGGUGAGGGCUUGUACCCUGGCCAGAUACCUCCUGCAGGGGCAGCAGCAGUCCCAGCCCCAGCAGCCCCAGCAGCAACAACAGUGGACCAGAGGGCAAGCGUGAAACAAGAGCCAUCCUUGGAACGAAGCUCGUCCACCACCUCCCUCCCUCCCUCCACGUACCCACCUGCACCCACUCCCACUUCUCCUCCUGUGCUUGCAUCCAACCGAGUCCAGUCCUCUGACUUAGCAACAGAGCAACAUCAGCAGCAGUUGCAGCAGCAGCUGCUGCAACAGAAACAGCAACAGUCACUGCAGCAGCAGCAGCAGCAGCAGCAGCAGCAGCAGCAGCAGCAGCAGCAUGCAGGUGUUUCGAGCUCUCCAUCGGUUCCUGCAGCGCCAGGUGUGGGCAUGGGGCUGGCAGGGGCGAGGCCGGGAGUGAAGGCCGAGGCCAUGGGUGUGGGGGUUGCUGUUCCCAGAGGGGACGCAGGGGGCGAUGCUGCGACUCAGCUGCAGUACCAGCAGCAGCAGAAGAUGCUGCUUUACCAGCAGCGGUUGAGGCAGCAGCAGCAGCAGCAAAUGCAGCAGCAACAUCAACAGCAGCAGCAACAACAGCAGCAACAGCAGCAACAGCAGCAACAACAGCAACAGCAACAGCAACAGCAACAGCAACAGCAACAGCAGCAGCAGCAGCAGCAGCAGCAGCAGCAGCAGCAGCAGCAGCAGCAGCAGCAGCAACAGCAACAGCAGGAAUUACAGCAACAGCAACAGCAGCAGCAGAUGCAGCAGCAACAAAUGCAGCAACAGCAAAUGCAGCAGCAGCGACUCCAGCAGCAGCAACAGCUGCAAAAAAGGCAGCAGGAAUUACAGCAGCAGCAGCAGCAGCAGCAGCAGCAGCAACAACAGCAGCAGCAGCAGCAGCAGCAGCAACAACAGCAGCAACAGCAGCAGCAGCAACAGCAGCAGCAACUGCCUCAGCAUAUGCAACAGAUGCAAUCACAGCAGCAGCAGUUUGUACAAGCCAAACAACCUCUGCAGCAGCUGACACCUCAGCAGCUGCAACAGCAACUGCAACAACAGCAGCAGCAGCAGCAGCAUAUUGCUUCUCAGUCCAAGUUAGGACAAGUGCCAUCACAAUCACAGAUGCCUGGAUACAUUCCUGGCCAGGUGCCUGCUGCGCCCGUAACUGCUGCUGCUGCUGCUGCUGCUGCUGCCUCUGCUUCUCAGCCAGUCACGGCCGCACCACCGCUGCCCCAACUGGCCAAGCCCGGCAUUGCCCAGCAGUCACAGCCCGUGCAAGCUCAGCCCGGGCACCCACCUCUUGAAGCACCCCCUGCUGCGGCUGCUGCUGCUGCUGCUGCCACGCCAGGAGGAGCACUUGGCACCGUACCUGGUGCCACUCCUGCAGGUAUGAUGGCGCCACCAGAUGCCAAACCUCAGGUCCGGCCCAACCUGCCGCUACAGCAGCAGCAGCAGCAAGCAGGGGGGUUGGUGGCUGCGUCACAGGGGGCGAACGGGGAGCAGAUUCAGAAGGCAGUAGUAGCAGCCCCGCCAUCAGGGCCCCCAGGCGGCAUUGUGGUGCAGGGCGCACCUGAUGGUGCCAUUGUUGCACCUGCUGCUAUAGCCGCUACUGGCGGUAGUGCUGCAAUUGCUGCUGCUGCUGGUGGUCCAGCUGCUUCAGGGCAGCAGCAGCAGCAGCAGCAGCAGCAGCAGAAGGCAGCUGUUGCUGCUCCAGUGGACACAAAGAGGGCGUUGGGAGCUCUGCUAUCUAUCAUCAAGAGCCACAACAUGUACCCGCCGCCAGCAUCAGCCCCCGAGGCCCUGCCUGCGCCUAAGCGCGGCAACCCGGACCCGUUGCUGGUGCGGCAGGCUCUCACGGCGCCCAGCGAGGAGCCCCCCGAGCCCAAGGGCAAGCGCAGCCUGCGGUACUCGCUGCUGGGCAACCACGUCAACGUCAACAGCCCCAAGAUGCGCGGCCUCACCUUCGUGCGCCUCGACUCCAAUCCCCAAGGCGUGCGGCGCAUGCAGCAGCGGCUGGUGAUGAGGGGGCGGCAGAAGGACGAGUGCGUGGAGGCAAUCAUCCAGGAGGGGGCGGACGGGGACGCGGAGGCGGCAGGGGGGCAGGGAGGGGCGGGUGGGUCGGGCAUAUCUCUGAGGCGAGACCAGCAGCUCCCGCUCAUGCCCAACACUGACUAUGCGGAUCGGUUCGCCCGCACAUACGUCCGAGUGGUGCAGCGCGAGGGGUGGCACAUGAUGGAGGAUCAGGUGAUUCCGCUGCCCAAGCAGAUGCACCCCGCCACGCAGAUCAGCACCAACUCCGCUGCCGCCCGCGAGCGCGCAGCCGCCGCCGCCGCCGCUGCGUCUGGUGGUGCUGGUGGUGCGUCCGGUGCCGCCGGCAGUGGUAGUGGCAGUGGUGUGACAGGGGUGGGAGGAGGCGGAGCAGGGGGGGGGAUGGGAACAGUGGGAGGGGUGGGAGGAGGCGGAGCAGGGGGGGGGAUGGGAACAGUGGGAGGGGUGGGAGGAGGAGGAGGGGGCUCGAUGGCAGGGGGGGGUGCCGCAGGGCGUGGGGUGGGCCCUUCGGGUCAACCAGGCACAGGUGCAGUGGCGAUGGCACGGCAAGGCGGGGCCACUGGGGGGCCUGGAGGUGGAGGAGGCUUGCCGCCUCUGGCUCCCCCACCGGCUCCUGCUGCUGCUGCUGCCAAUGGCGCCACUCCAGGCAGUGGUGCUGCCGCUGCAGCUGCAGCUGGUUCUGCUGCUGGUGCUGGUAUGGGCCAGGUAGGAGGCGGUGGUGUGGGGACCGUGCCACACCACAUGGCUCCACGUGCUGCCCCCUCUGCUGCUACUGGCGCUGGCAGCGGUGCUGCGAUGGCAGGGAUGGGUGGGAUGGGGCGAGGGGUGUCGCCUGCAGGCAUGGGGAGGGGUGCAAUCGGGGCAGCGGCUGCUGCUGGUGCAAGUGCCAUGGGCCCACCGCAUGCCACCCCCCCUCCCCAUCACCCAGGCUAUGCCGCACCCCAUGCCAUGCCAUCGCAUGCUGCCUCCCCACAUACACCCUCCCCACAUGCACCCUCCCCUCAUGCCCUCCCUACGCAGAGGGUCACACCUCCCCAUGCUAUGAGCCCUUCUGUAGGGUCCCCGUCUAUAGCAGGCAUAGCCCAUCCCAGAUCCCAACCCCCUUCUGCAACUAUGGGAUCCCCUUCUCAGCCUGCUGGUAUGGACCGAACCUGGCCUGCAGGUCCGGGAUACACUGCCUCCGGACCUGGCCCUGGACCCAACCCUACCUCUCCGCCCAUGCCUGGUGCCCCAGGAGCUGCCAAGGUUGCUCCAGGAGUAGGUUACCCCAGUCCAGGUUCGGUGGCAGGUCCGGGAAGCCCAAGCCUCCCUCACAUGCGGGGCCAUGCUGUUCCCGGACCUCACCAGGUCAGGGGAAUGCACCCAGGUGCUGCUGGCCAAGCAUAUCCCCCGCGCCCACCGCAGCUUCCCCGAGCCUCACCAACAGGCGUGGUAGCAGGUGUGGGGAUGGGGCAUAUGGGAGGAAGGAUGGGUGCUGGAGGUAUGGGGAUGGGGCCUAGGGGGACGAUGACUGGGCAGGGGGGUAUGGGCGUUGGUGUGGGGGCUUCAGGCUUGGUGACUGGCAUGGGCGCCGUGAUGGGAGGAAUAGGUGGUGCCGUGGAUGCAGGGGGGGUGAUGGGGCAGGCUCGAGGGUUUUAUGGGCACCCGAUGCAACCUCAGCACUCUCAUGUGUCACAGCAACAGCAGCAGCAACAGCAGCAACAGCAGCAGCAGCAAGGGCAGGCGGGAAUGGGUGCAGGCGUUGCAAUGAGACCACCUCACAUGGCUUACACGCAACAGCAGCAGCAGCAGCAACAGCAUCAGCAAGGGCAGCAGCAGCAGCAGCAGCAACAGGGACAGCAGCAGUCACAUCAGCCACAGCAGCCACAGCAGCAGCAGCAGCAGCCCUCGCCUCAGCAGCAGCAGCAGCGCCAGCAGCCACAGCCACAGCAGCAACUUCAGUCUGCACCUGCUGCUCCUGCCACCGCUGCCAUCCCUGCUACUGUUGCGUCUCCAUCUGCCCCCCCUGUAACCGCUGCAACCACAAGCCCCAUACCCACGGCUCCUGGUACUGCUGCCAAGAGUCAGGGGGGGGGCGGUCAGGCAGCAGGAUUGCAGGCUGCACAAGCGGCGCAAGCGGCACAGGUAGGUGCAGUGGCAGGUGCAGGGAGGGGUGGCGGAGCGGUGGGAGUGGGAGUGAGGGGAGGUGGUCCGUUGGGAAGCACUAGUUUGCAGCCAGGACAGCAGCAGGGGCAGCAACAGGGCCAGCAGCAGGGGCAGCCCACACAAACAGCACCACAACAGCCACAGAUGCAGCAGCAGCUGCCACAGCAGCAGCAGCAGGUGGGUCAAGGUCAGAGGCAGGUGAUGUCUCCUGCUGCUGCUGCUGCUGCUGCUGCAGUGGCUCCCAGUGUGCAGCCCAGCGCACAGCAGCAAGGGGGCAUUCAGCAGCCAGGGGCCGUGCAGCAGACACAGCAGCAGCACCCGGUGCAACAGCAGCAGAUGCAGGCAUCACAGCAGCAGCAGGCGCAACCACAGAUGCAGCAGCCUCAGCAACAACAGCAACAGAUGCAGCAGCAGCAGCAGCAGCAGCAGCAACAGCAGCAGCAGCUGGAGCAGAGGCCACAGGUGCCACAGCAGCAAGGUUUGCCACAGAGACAAAUGCAACAGCAGCCACAAGGACAAGCACAAGCACAAGCACAGGCACAGGCACAGGCACAGGCACAAGCACAAGCACAUGCACAUCAGCAGCAGCAGCAGCAACCGCAAGUGGCAGGCCAGCAGAGGCCCCAAUUUCAGCACUUGCAGCAGCAGCAGCAGCAGCAGCAGCGGAUGCAGGGGCAGAUGCAGGGGCAGGGACAGGCACAUUACCCCCAGCGGCAGAUGCAACAGACCAUGCAGCAACAGAUGCAGCAGCAGCUGCAGCAGCAGACACAGCAACAGCAGCGGCAACAGCAGCAGAUGCAGGGUCCGCAGCAGCAAGCCCACCAGGUGGCAACCCAGAGGCAGCACAUGCAGCAGCAGCUGCAGCAGCAGUUGCAGCGUGGGAACCUGACACCGCAGCAGCAGCAGAUGCUGGUUCAACAGCGGCAGAGACAGCAACAGCUGUACCAGCAGCGAAUGCAACAGCAGCAGAUGCAGCAGCAGCAACAACAACAGAUGCAGCAGCCACAACAACAGGCACAGCAGCAGCAGCAGCAGCAGGUGUCGCAACAGACACAGCAGCAAGUGCACCCCGUGCAGCAGCAGCAGCAGCAGCAGCAGCAGCAGCAGCAGCAGCAGCAGCCGCAGCAGCAGGCACCACCACCACAAUCACGUCAGCUACAAUCACAGCAGCAAGUGCAGCCUAUGCAACAGCAGCAGCAGCAGCAGCAGCAGCAGCAGCAGACACCACAGGCAACACAGCAGCAGCAACAGCAGUAGUAAGACCACCAAGCAGCACUACGACGGCAGGGCAGAGGUUAGCGACAUUAGAUUCCGCAUGGCUUCCAUAUUGAUGUUUCAGGGCGUGGGUGGUCAAGGCAAUAACCUUUUUUUCCAUGAGCGCAUGAUUCACGCUCUGACAUUCUGGAGAAAUUUCUCUAGAAUUGCCACCUUUGGAUACGACGCCAUGGUCCAUGGGCUGGACACCAACACGCCUAUUCAACACACCAACUCUCUUGCGCCGUGUUUCCAAGCAGCUUACCUAUUUUUAUGCUAAGAUGACAAAUACAACUGCAAGCAUCGACUGUUCAUCAUCUCUGCUGUAGAAAUCGAAAACGCCUUCUGCUGGAAUGGAACCAUCCUC